AUGUAUUCGAAAGAUUUGUCGGCUGCCCUUCUCAGAGACAUUUCAAACAUUUACAAAGGAGCGGAUGACUAUAAUCUACAUAUAAUCGUGGGCGAAGAACCAAACACCGAAGUUUUCAAAGCUCACUCUGUGAUUUUGCGGGCUAGGUCUUCUUAUUUUCAUGCCGCGUUAUCGAACAAUUGGGUGGUUAGAGACGGCGACAUGAUGCGUUUCAAAAAGCCAAACAUUUCUCCGGACGUAUUUCGGAUCAUUUUGAACUUGGAUUCGAGCAAUGGCGAAAUCAAUUUCGUAGAAUUACUUACCGCCGCCGACGAACUAACCCUCACCGAUCUGGUCGAAUACAUCCAAGAUCACAUCAUCAACAUGGAUCGUACCUGGUUUCAACAAAACAUUAUUCAACUUUUCAACACCGUCUCGUGUCACGAGAUGCUCUUCAACAAACUCCUCGAGCACUGCACAAAACUUAUAAUCAACGAACCCAAAAUCCUCUUCGCUUCCGGCGACUUUGGUCAAUUACGCGAGGACGCCUUACUUUCCAUCAUCUCACAGAACACCCUGCAAAUGAAGGAAAUUCAAAUUUGGGAAUACCUUCUUAAAUGGGGAUUGGCACAGACCAGCGGCAAGUUUGACUCGGACCCCAAAAAUUGGAGUCUCGAGGAAUUCCGAGAGUUGGAAAAGGUGCUUCACAAUGGUAUCCCUCACAUCAGAUUCUUUCAGUUGUCCAGUAGCGAUUAUUAUUACAAGAUUAGACCUUUCAAAAAACUCUUGCCCAAAGAACUUCGCGAGAAUCUAAAAUUAUUCUUUAUAAUUCCUAAUAGUAUUCCAAAAACUUCUUUCUUACCACCAAGAAUUCCAAAGCUUGCUCUUGAUUCUAAUAUAAUCGAUACUAAACGUGCAGCAUUGCUUUGUAGUUGGAUAGAUCGUAGGGAAGGCCCUUCAGUCUAUCUCCCCCACGAGAAUCCCUAUCACCUGAAACUUUUGUUGAGGGGAACCCGAGAUGGAUUCUUGGUUGAGAACUUUAGAAAUCGGUGUUUCAAUCGAGGUCCAACAUUGGUGAUCAUACAAUCCAGUUCCUCGAAUUCCUCGACGGGAUUGACUCGAUCCGGUCAAAUUAUAAUUGGUGGCUAUAAUCCUUCGAGCUGGUCGGGAUCGAAUAAGUUCACGCACUCCACCGAGAGUUUCAUAUUUUCAUUGUGUAGCGACGCACAAUCCCAUAUCACUACGCUAAGCAGAAUUGUAGUGGAGAACGAUGCAAUUUCAGAUGAUGACAGUCAAUUCAUUGGAUUUGGACACGGAGACUUGUAUAUUUUUAAGGGCAGUUGUCAAAAGAGAGACUACAUGUACGGGAUUUUGGACAAGACCAAGUUUUCGAUGGAAGAGUUGGAAGUUUUUCAGGUGGUAAAAGAUUCGGACUCUUGA